GCGAGUGUGCGGCCGGGCCUUGCCCUGCCCUGCCCUGCCCUGCCCGGCAGGGUGUCCCCCCGGGGCAUCCCGGAGCCGCCCGCCCCCGGAGCCACGAGCCCGGGGCGGGCAGAGCGUUCCCCUCGCGUUUCCCGCUCAUUUCCCUCCUGCCCGGCCUCCUCUGGGGAGCUGCCGGCUCGUUGCCCUGGGGUGCUCCACAUUUCAUGAAAUCCUGCCAUCCUGUUGCUUGGUCCUUUCCUUUUUAUUUUCAGGGAAAGCUGAGAGCUUACACUGUGCUAUUCCGCUGGUAGAACUGCGUGGCUAAACUAGCGAUCACUUCUACAAAAAUAAAGCUGCUCCUUUACUUGUAUUUCGAAUUGCUGAGUGAAGUAAAUUCCUUUGGUCGGGCUGUAAGGGAGGCUGCUACUGGCAUAAAUACAUCAGCAGAAUAGAGCUUCAUAAGCUGUGUUGUUAGGGUGUAAAAGAAGGUCUUGGAUAGCACAGAUGAUUUUUCUUUUCCCUCAGAUCCUGAUAGGAUUCCCUGUUAGUUGUUCAGUAAAGACCUCACUUGUCCUCGUAUUCAUCCUGUAGGAUUAGUUUUAAAUCUUACUCUAGUCCUUAUCAAAGGUAGUAUUAUUUUUUAAAAACAAUCUAAGGCGCAUUUAUACUGAGGCAAUUUCUUCUUCGGUCCUGUGACAGAACAGGGAAGUCCUUUAGGGCAGGGGGUGUAAAAUGUAAAUAUUGAUGUUUGUGGUGCAAAGUCUUGUUUUAGCGAGUCCUGCUGCCAGUCGUGCUCACACCACAGCUCAGAACGUGAGCCUGAAGGAGUCUGAGCACCCAACAGCUUCUGCAGUACGGCAAACUUCAGAGUGCAGCAGCUACAGUCGUUCCGGCUUUAUUUAAAUUGUCGAGCUAUACUGAUUUAUAUCGCUGGCUGUGUUCUUUAACUGUAUUUUGGAUGGGAUUUUCUUUUACUUCAUUGCCAUCUGUAGAAACUGAUGAAUAUUUUUAGUGCUAAGGCUCCAUAUAUCACCAGAUGUCCUUCUGCCUGACUGAGAUGUUUCUGUGGUCUUUGAAGACCAACUUACAUAUUAGAGAUGAAGACAUUGGCAUCCACCAGUACUGUGACAAGAAAGAACCAGUUCGAGAUUAUCCUUGGAUCCUGAAAACCAAGCGACCGGACAAACUGCGAGAUGCUCUCAAGGAAGUAGAGGACUUAAUGCAGAACAGUCCAUGUGUGCUGAGCAAAUGGAAGAACAAACAUACCUGUCAGCUCCUCUUUCACUCAGGUAUUUUGGUGUCCCUAAGCCUUUCUGGGCCACAGCUGGAGAAGGUGGUGAUUGACAGGACCCUGGUGGGGAAGCUCAUCUCCGACACCAUCAGUGAUGCUGUUCUUACAGACAAUUUCAUCAUCUUGUCAUUUGAGGACCAUAACCAACUCUGCUUAAUUCAGUUUACAAAGGCAAUGGAUUCUCCUGAUGUAAACAAAAGACUGGAAAAACUCUCUUGUUUGGACUCUAAGAUUUCUUAUGUUGAUAUACUUGGACCAGAAGGUAGAAGGAUGAAACGUCACCUGGCAAUAAACUGUAUGCAAGAUCUGGUCAUUUGCUGGUGGUCAGCAACUAGUGAUGGAGCAUGGCCUUGGUCUCCUAUUUCCUGUCAGAGGGACAGAGCCAACCUAUUGCUAUUAGGCUGUGCACAUGGCAAAUUGGAGGUGCUGAGUUACGUCCGCACGGAGUGGGACCCGCUGGAUGCCAGGUUCAGCUGUCUCCAGCCCCAGCAGGUGCUGACGGUGGAGCGCUCGGUGUCCGCAGCCAAGGAGCCCAUGGCCGACAGCUGCGUCUACAAGUGCGUCAGGAACAGAAUCCAGUGCGCCGCCGUCACCAGGAUCCCCCUGCGAGCCAGGGCCAUCAGCUGCUGCAGGGAUGUGACAGAAGACAAGCUGGUGCUGGGCUGUGAAGACUCGUCAGUAGUUCUGUAUGAAGCCUACAGCCAAGUGACUCUGCUGGCCCAAGCAGAGCUGCUCCCUGCUGUAAUUGCCUACCACCCCUGCGGAGCCGUGCUGGUGGUUGGCAGCUCUCAAGGGGAGCUGCAGCUUUUUGACACGGCGCUGUCCCCAGUUAAAAUUCAGCUCUUGGCACAUGACUAUUCACCUGAGGCAACUCUGCAGUUCAGUAAACACUGUGAGGUGCCCACCAGCCUCAUCCAGAUCCAGUGGGCUGCUCCGCAAGGUGCAUUUCCCAGUCCUGACAGCAUGGAUAUUCACGAUCUUUUGUUGGUUAGAUUUGAUAAAGGACCCUUGGGAGUGCUUCACUUUAAACUUGGUGUGCUCACAAGAGGACAGCUGGGCCUGGUGGAAAUCAUCCACCAGUACAUUCGUUACGAUGAGAUACAGGAGGCAGUAAAUGUCCUGAGCACCAUGAACUGGAACACGAUGGGGCAGCAGUGCUUUAUCUGCCUGAGUGCCAUUUGCAACCACCUUCUUAAACAAAAGCUUACACCAGCCAGAGAAGCACAGCUUGAGGCAAGCCUUGGAACCUUUUAUGCUCCAACAAGGCCUCUCUUGGAUAGAACUGUGCUGGAGUACAGGGACGCCAUCAGCAGAUAUGCAAGAAGGUUCUUCCACCACCUGCUCAGGUAUCAGAGGUUUGAAAAAGCAUUUCUGCUUGCUGUUGAUAUCGGUGCUCGGGACCUGUUCAUGGACAUCCAUUACCUUGCUCUAGAUAAGGGUGAAUUGGCACUAGCUGAAGUGGCAAAGAGAAAGGCUAAUGACAUUGAUGCAGAAUCAAUAACUACUGGAAUUGAACUUCUGGGGCAGUCAGAUGAAGAGGACCCAUCUUGUGAAGCUUUUGCUGACCAAUCUCCAGAGCAGGGAGGAGGGUGCAACCUGCCUGCUCCCGGCCCUGCUGACAGACCACCAGCCCAGAGCUGCUCCCACAGAGGUUGCUAUGACUCACACAUCUCUGGCAGUCCCACGUCUGCCUUCGUCAGGCGUCUCGGGAGAGAGGCUGAGAGCUCAACUUUGCCCCGACUCCUGGGCUCCCCACCUGACCACGUUUGCUUGCGCCUUCCCAGACCCACCAGCCGCAGACAGGCAGAGGACACUGAGCCUGGAGCAGAUGGCCACACCACCUCCCUGAUCAAGAAAACCUUUUCCAGCAGCCAGGAAGGAGACUGGAGACAGCGGGUCUCUCCAAAUCGUGCACUUUGGGCUGGUGUGACUGAGCUGCCAAAGCAGAGAAGAGGAAACCUCACCAAGGUGGUGAAGUUCACGGGAAGUCCUUCAGCAAACUUCCAGCCAGCCUUGGAUCUGACCACCGGCAGAUGACAAAACACCAGGCUUAGAAAAUAUCCUGUUCUUAGACCUCCAAAUUAUUUCUGAGUUCAUAUUGAUAUGUCCAUGCACAAAGUGCCCUGUGUUUGCUUGUGAAGGGCAACUUGGUGACAUUUUCAUCAAAGACGUCAAAAAUAGCGAGUAAUCGCUGAUCCCCAUUUACUGUACCAACUUAAUGCUGAAAAAUCUGGUGGGGUGUCUUGGAUGAAUCCAUAAGCUUUUCAGGAGAAGGUCUGUAAUUCUCUAUGCAUUAUAUGUUUUUACAAUCUUCACUUGGAAGCAGAUUUGAAUUUCCACUUAAGGCUCUGAAAACCGUCCUAUUGAGAUACCAGCAGAUAAGAUCUUCACUCAGGAUACCUCUGUGAAAGAGCAGCCUUUCACAGUUAGCAGCAUUUUUCAAAGAAUGCUCUCAAUUUUCAUAUCUAGAUAUAUCAUCUUAGUUGAAUAACCAUUAUUUUGCCUUGAAAAAAAGAUGCGGAGCCUCUUAAGCAUCAUUCCAUUGGAGUCCAGAUUUUAAUCUGCCUCCUCUAACCACAAAGAGAAAAUGCACUGAGAAGGGAACCUGUGCCAGCCCUCUCUAUUUUUUUUCUGGCAGUGAAGAGGAGCAAGCAUCAUCGUGGGUCCUCCUCCCACCACCUGAUGGAGCGCAGAGUGUACAGACACGGAUAUUUUGAGCUCUGUCAUAGGCACAUGUGUGGGUUAAUCUUGAGCCUUCUGGGGAGCACUGGGUGGUUGAGACCCAAAGCUAGAGAGCUUCUUGAAUUUGGCUUUAUGCAGUGAACAAAUCUGUACAAUGGACUGAGAAUGAAAUGUAAAAAAACCCAAAACCCACAAGCCAUUAGAAGUGUUUCAUUAACAGAAAUUCUGCCUUUACCCAAAUAAAAUAUUUACGGU